CUUGGGCAUUUUAGAAACCGAACACUUAGAAUUUAAGAACUGUUCAACACACUCGCAAGCAACAAAGAGACGAACGUUUUCGUAAAGAGAUUUGGACAAGAUGUGGGCCUUCCACUUAUUGUUGGCUAUCUCAUGUGUGUCUAUGGUCGACGGAAAGACCUGCAAGUGCAACAAUCCGCCUCAUCCUCAAGAUUGGUUUUGUCAAGCAACCUUCGCCAUCAAGGGAAAAAUUCUUGGCAAGAUUCGUAAAGAAGGACCAGGCAUGAAAUCAGCUGCUGUGAGCGUCAGCCACGUCUUCAAGGGUCUAAAUCAACUUUUGACAUCUGAGAAUGCCGAGGUCUUUGGCCAAAUCGUUUUCCAAGUGAGGCUGUAUUACCCUGUCAAUUGUCCCCUAGAUGUCCAGGAAGGGUCGCAGUACUUGUUCACUGGUGUCAUCACAGUCAACGGAGAGCUGCAUACUAGCAGCUGCUCCUGGCACGCCCCGUGGGAUAAACUAACCCUAACGCAAACCAAAGGAGUACAAACCGUGUACAAGCGUAACUGCGGAUGCAGGGUCGACUGUCAAAGAUGGUGGCUCCCAGGCUGCCGCUCUUGUGAUGACCGCGAUCCCUGGGGACGGGAAAUUGUCAGUUCAUGUACAUAUGGCCAUAUGUAUUGCGCUUUGAGUAAUGAUUGGGAGAAGUGUUCUUGGAAGGUGUUAGACAGUGGUUACUCAAAGUGUGCAGGCGAGGCUGUAGGGGAGGUUGUAUCCAAGAGGGGGAGGAUGCGUACCGGUAGAUCAUAGCCUUUCGAAUAGUUACCACGGGUAACCAGGGAUAUAAGGGGUGGAUGAAGGAUUUCUUGAAAAGAGGGCACUUCAAUAUAGAACUAUUGAUGCAUUUUUUUUUUAAAUUUAUGUCAGGGGAAAAAUCGCUGCCUUCAAAAAAGCGCUGGAACAAGCUUAUAGGAUCAAAUCGGCUUAUAGGAUCAAAUCAGCUUAAUAUUUCUUUUUAACGCUUUCUCUGAUGAUUAUCUGGGUAUCAUCUUCAACGUUAUCUUAUGUAUUUGUAUCUAUUUUUAUCAAUUGUUGUUAAAUCAGAACCCUCAUUAAUACCAGCAUUACAUAAUUGUUAAAAGUUACUAUCUUGCACAAACAUGAAUAAACUAUUGAGUUUCCUUGAUA